ACUGUACAUGUACUUUAACAUUGUUAUUUUUGUAGAUUGAUUCUCAUAAAUUGGUAUCAAAGUCUGGGUAUCUGUUGAAAGGUAUUUUUCCAAAUGAAAGUGUAAUGGGAUUAUCAAUCAAAAAUUACAGGAAGAGAUGGUUUGAAUUAAGAGGUGGUCCAUCAGCAGGUGGUUACAGAUUAGUGUAUUACAGAGAUGAAAGGAGCAGUGCUGCCAAAGGGACCAUACACCUUGAAGCAUGUACUGAUAUUAGACCAAAUUCAAAGUUGAGGACAUUUGGGUUUGACAUUGUGACAGAAGAUGAGAAGACAGUGUAUCCGUUAGCAACAGAAACACAAAAGGAAAUGGAGGAGUGGCUCCUGACACUGGGUAAAGCAAUAGGACUCAUUGAAGAAGAAGACACAACUAGUAUCAAAGGAUCAGUAGCUGCUAAGUACAGGUCAUAUUAUGCUAAGGACACUCUGAGGGACACAACUAAGAAGACACUCCACAGACCAGAGCUGCUUCACUGGGACGACAAGAAAGAGAGAGAGGACAGAAAUAAGAACAGGAACGACUUAUUUCUGCUAUACCCUGAACUACUGCAUCAAGCUCCAUUGGAUGAUACAGUAUCUCUACCCUUACCAUAUAAGGAGGUGUUGCAUCAUCAGGUCACUGUGAUAUGUAAGGAACUCUCUCUCAAACUUACACUUAGCAGACACGGGAAGAAGCAGCUGUUGGAGCCAUUUUAUGUGAGGCUUUCAUUAUUCGAUGCUGCUAAAGGAAUGAAGAUAUCAGAGGAUUUCCACAUUGAUUUCAACGAAUCAGAAUCAUUGAUCAGAGACGAUACUGAAUCAACUGAUGAUACUGAUAUCAACAAACUAGCAAGAACUACCAACCAA